UUAUACGACAUAGAACAAACAUGUUUUGUUUUUAUUUUCAGAUACAGAAAGUGGAGUUUGGUCUCAUAAUUUGCGAUGAGGGCCACAGAUUAAAGAACAGCAGCAUUAAAACAUCUUCUGCCCUCAGCAGCCUCAGCUGUAGUCGCAGAGUCAUACUCUCAGGGACACCAGUGCAAAACGACCUGCAGGAGUUCUACGCUAUUAUAGAGUUUGUUAACCCGGGAAUUCUUGGCUCCUCAACUGCGUAUAGAAAAGUAUAUGAGGAACCAAUUCUGAGGUCCAGGCAGCCAUCGUCCACAGAGGAGGAGAGAGUUUUGGGAGAAGAACGAGCAGCUGAACUCUCCCGUCUCACCAGCAUGUUCAUCCUGAGGAGGACACAGGAGAUCAUCAACCGCUACCUGCCUCCCCGUCUUGACUGGACCUUGUUCUGCGAGCUGUCCCCUCUGCAGCAUCAGCUGUACAAACACCUCCUCAGCCACCGUGUCUUUAGAGCCUGUCUCCAGGGCUACAGUCAAACCAACACACACCUGGCCUGUAUCACUGCCCUGAAGAAACUCUGCAACCAUCCUGGUUUGCUCCACGUCACUCUCAAGGAGAGAACAGACCGCGGGUCUCUGGAAAGCUCUUUAUACGAGGGCCUUGCAGAUCUUUUCCCAGAAUCCUAUUCUUCAGCAGGAUUCAACAGUGCUGACUCUGGAAAACUGAUGGUUCUUUCAGACCUGCUGAGCUCCAUCAGGCAGCUCAGCCCUUCAGACAGGGUGGUCCUGGUGUCAAACUACACUCAGACACUCGACCUGCUUCAGGACCUGUGCGUACACAUGAGCUACACCUUCUGCCGAUUAGAUGGACACACCCCCACUAGCCAGCGACAGCGUCUGGUCGACUCUUUCAACAGUCCUUAUUCUCAGAACUUUCUGUUUCUGCUGAGCUCCAAAGCAGGCGGCGUGGGACUUAACCUGAUCGGAGCUUCUCAUCUGGUGUUGUACGACAUCGACUGGAACCCUGCAAAUGACAUUCAGGCCAUGGCUCGAGUCUGGAGAGAUGGACAGAAAAAGACUGUGCACAUUUACCGUCUUCUCACAGCAGAUUUAGAGCAGAUUAAUAAAAGGAAUAACAAACAUUACCAUGGCUGCAUGUAG